GGGCUUCUGGGCUACUUGUGUUUUGUGGUUUUAUGAGUCAGCAGUGUCACGGUAGGCUCCAAGCCUUCCGGUAGUCAGUUUUGUCAUUAUGUGGGAUUGUAAAAGGCUCUGGUUACUCUUUAUUGCUUUACUAUAUUUAAAAGAUGUAAGGGCACUUGGAGUGUGGAAUAAAAGGCCUGCACAGGAUUGGUACAGUGUUGCUGCCCAGAUCCCUCUGGCUCAGCCUAAGGAACCUGCCCCCUUACCUGAUGGAGCCCAAACUUCCACAGCCAUGAUGAAUGAAGGACUCCAGAGCCAGAACAUUGUUUCAUAUGCACAAGCCACAUCUAAUCAGGAUGUUUCAACUGCUGCUCUUCAGAACAGCUAUGGGACUCCAUCAGUGACACUGCAAUCUGGUAACACUGUCUCUUCAUCCAUGUACCAGCAACGGCCACCAGUUCCCAGCACUUCCCAAACAAGUCAGUCUUGGAUGCAAAAUGCUAGCUCUUUCAGUGGUUCUCAAAGCCAAACCUCAAAUGGCUAUGGGCUCUCUCAAGGGUUUGCAAGCCAAUAUGUUGAUCAUUCAAGUGCCAUCCCUGCAUUUAUUGUGACCCAGCCAGGCUCUGAUGGUAAAGUGUUCAGUGGUUCUACUUCAAGCUUGUCCAGUGGUUCUCAAAGCCCAUCUGCCUAUUGGCAGUCACCAAGCUCACUUUCUAGUCAAUAUCUUGGUUCACAAGGCCAGCUAAAUGUAAACCAGGUGAGCUCUGCCUCAGGUUUAACCACAACCCAACAGGCUGCACCAAGUGUAGUUUCAAGUGGUUCUACUUCUAGUAUUUCAAGCUCUUCCAGUGGUUCUCAAAGCCCAUCUGCCUAUUGGCAGUCACCAAGCUCCCUUUUUACUCAAUAUCUUGGUUCACAAGGACAGCAAAGUGUAAAUCAGAUGAGCUCUGCCUCAGGUUUAACUGUGGCCCAACAGUCCACUCCAAGUGUAGUUUCAAGUGGUUCUACUAGUACUUUCACUGGUUCUCAAAGCCCGUCUACCUCUUGGCUCGUGGGACUUUCCAUACCAAUUGGAAGUUCUCAGACACAGCAUGGCAUUAGCCAGCUUGGCUCUGUGCCUGGAUUUACUGGGAUCCAGCCAGCCUCUGACAGUGCAGUGUUCAAUGAUUCUACAGUUAGUACUUUAAGCUCCCAUGGUGGUUCUCAAAGCCAUGGCUCAACUGUCUAUGGGCUAUCUCAAGGGCUUGCCAGCCAAUAUGGAUAUGGUAGAUUCCAAAUGCAGCAAGGAAUAAACCAGCUGAGCUCUACCCCAGCUUUAACUGUGACCCAACAGUCCAUGCCGAAUGUAGCUUCAAGUGGUUCUGAUUCUAGUACUUCAAGCUCUUUCAGUGGUUCUCAAAGCCCAUCUGCCUAUUGGCAGUCAGCAAGCUCCCUUUCUAGUCAAUAUCUUGGAUCACAGGGACAGCAAGGAAUAAAUCUGAGCUCUGCCCCAGGUGUAACUGUGAUCCAGCCAGCCUCUGACAGUGCAGUGUACAAUGAUUCUGCUACUAGUAUGCCAGGUUCCUACACUAGUUCCCAAAGCCCAUCUACCUACUGGCAGUCACCAAGCUCACUUUUUACUCAAUAUCUUGGAUCACAGGGACAGCAAAGUGUAAAUCAGAUGAGCUCUGUUCCAGGUUUAACUGUGAUUCAACCAGCCUCUCCAAGUGUAGUUUCAAGUGGUUCUACUUCAAGCUCCUACACUGGUUCUCAAAUCCAAGGCUCAACUGGUUAUGGGCUAUCUCAAGGGCUUCCCAGCCAACCUGGUAGACUCCAAAUACAGCAAGGUAUAAACCAGAGAAACUCUGCCCCAGGUUUAACCACAACCCAACAGGCUGCACCAAGUAUAGUUUCAAGUGGUUCUACUUCUAGUACUUCAAGCUCUUCCAGUGGUUCUCAAAGCCCAUCUGUCUAUUGGCAGUCACCAAGCUCUCAAAGCCAAAGCUCAACUGGCCACGGGUUAUCUCAAAGGCUUGCAAGCCGUUAUGGAGGUUUUUGGAUGUGGCCUGACCAAAACCAACUGAGCUCUGCACCUGCUUUAACAUUGACCCAGCAGGUUGCUGAGAGUGGAAUGUCAAGUGUCCCCACUACCUCUGGUAUGUCUUCCAUAGCUUAUAGUGGUUUUCAAAGCCCAUCUACCUCUUGGCUCUCAGGAAUUUCCAAGCCUACUAGUAGUACCCCAACACAGCAAGGUAUAAACCAGCAUGGCUCUGUGCCCAGAUUAACUGUGAUCCAGCCAUCCACUGUCAUUGCACUGUCCAAUGGUUCUACUUCUAGUACUUCAAGCUCCUACAGUUCUCCAAGCUCAACCUCCUCUGGGCAGUCACUAAGCUCACUUGGCUCACCUGGACAGCAGAGUGUAAAUCAGAUGAGCUCUGCCCCAGGUUUAACUGUGACCCGACAGUCCAUGCCGAAUGUAGCUUCAAGUGGUUCUGCUUCUAGUACUUCAAGCUCUUCCAGUGGUUCUCAAAGCCCAUCUGCCUAUUGGCAGUCAGUAAGCUCCCUCUCUAGUCAAUAUCUUGGAUCACAGGGACAGCAAAGUGUAAAUCAGAUGAGCUCUGUUCCAGGUUCAACUGUGAUUCAACCAGCCUCUCCAAGUGUAGUUUCAAGUGGUUCUACUUCAAGCUCCUACACUGGUUCUCAAAGCCAACCUUCAACUGGCUAUUGGGUGUCCCAAUGGCUUGCCAACCAACAUGGUAAAAUCCAAACGCAGCAAGGUAUAAAUGAGAUGAGCUCUGCCCCAGGUUUAACUGUGACCCAACAGUCCAUGCCGAAUGUAGCUUCAAGUGGUUCUUCUAGUGCUUCAAGCUCCUACAUGCCAUCUCGAAGCCAAACUUCAUCUGGCUAUGGGUUGUCUCAAUGGCUUGUGAGCCGUAAUGGAAGUUUUGAAAUGUGGCCUGAACAAAACCAACUGCACUCUGCUCCUGCUUCAACAAUGACUCAGCAGGUUGUUGAGAGUGGAAUGUCAAGUGGCUCUACUACCUCUGGUAUUUCUUCCACAGGGUCUCAAAGCCCAUCUACGUCUUGGCUCUCAGGAAUUUUCAAGCCUACUCAUGGUACUCCAACACAGCAAGGCAUAAACCAGCUUGUCUCUGUGCCUGGAUUAACUGGGAUCAAGCCAGCCUCUGUGUCCAAUGGUUCUACUGUCAGUGCUUCAGGCUCCUAUGGUGUUGCUCAUAUCCAAAGCCCAUCGGCUUACUGGCAGUCACCAAGCUCACUGUCAAGUCAGUAUCUUGGCUCCCAGGGACAGCAAAGUGUAAACCAGCUGAGCUCUGCCCCAGGUUUAACUGUGACCCAACAGGCAGCACCAAGUGUAGUUUCAAGUGGUACCAGUACUUCAAGCUCCCCCACUGGAUUUCAGAGCCAAAGUACAUCUGGCUAUUGGUCAUCUCAAGGACUUUCUAAUCACCAUGAUGGUUUGCAGACAGAAGGCACACAUCAGUUGAAUCAGCAGGCCUCAAGCACAUUGACAUCCAGUGGCCCUAAUGUGAGUACUUCCAGCACCACAACUUCCAAUCUUGGCAUACAAAGCAUGAAUGUUCCGAAACCUCAGGCCUUCAAUCUUUGGAUGGGUCGGUACUCCUGUAAAAGUGGCUCAUCCUCCAAUGCUUCAAUGCUUUCCUGAUUUGUUAAUGCUGUUUCCCUUUAAACCUUGCUUGCACUUGAAAUGCCUUCCGCCCUGCUGAACUCUGGUAAAACCAAGUGUAAUUGUAUUGCUUAAAAGAAAAUGCAUUGUCUAAUAAAGAAUUCUUGCAGUA